AGCAUGCGCAGUGGCGGCCUGAGGCCCUGCGGCGGCAUCGGCGAAGGGUAGUUCAAGGUGCGGCGCUUCUGCGGCCAUGGCGGGCCUGGUGGAGGUGCCCUCGAUGGAGGAGCUGGACGUCCCGGAGCUGCCGGUUGGCACCGCGGUCCUGAAGGCCGGUGCCCACCACUAUGGCUCGCAGUGUGACCAGAUCAACAAGGAGUUCAUGCUCUGCCGUUGGGAGGAGAGGGACCCACGGAAGUGCUUGAAGGAAGGCCGGGCCGUCAGCAAGUGCGCUGUGGACUUUUUCAAGCAGAUCAAGCUGCAUUGCGCCGAGCCCUUCAACGAAUACUGGAACUGUCUCGACAAGUCCAACAUGUUGAAGCUUCGUCAGUGUCGGAAGCAGCAGCAGCUCUUCGAUGACUGCGUGCUGGACAAGCUGGGCUGGGUGAGGCCAGAGCUGGGUCAGCUGUCAAAGGUCACUAAAGUGAAGACCGACCGUCCCCUCCCCGAGAACCCCUGCCAUUCCCGAACGAGAGCGCCAGCCAACCUGCCAACGGAAGGCGAAUACAAGCCUGCGAAAUAUGGUAACCGAGGUUAUUUCUGGAGUUGGUAGAGGGGAAAAAAAAUUGCACUUCCGCACGUACACCAUCCAUGGAGGAAAACCGUGACGGUUUUUAUUUUGGUGGACCGUCGAUUACGCUUCGUUGGUGUUGGAUGGAUCUUACCUGUACCCAACAGUCAUUAAAUGCAUAUUCUUUGAGCGGUC